AUGUCACCUGAAAACGAGGAUACUGUGGUAUGGAAAUUUGAUAACAUAGGUGUCUUUUCCAUGAAGUCCUUUAUGCAGGUAAUCCAAACGGAGACGUUGUCAGAGGAGAUCACGAGCUAUAACUUCACCAGUGCACUAUGGAAAGGCUUGGUACCCCCAAGAAUUGAAUUGUUUGGAUGGUUUGUGCUAGUUGGUCGAAUUAAUACUAAGGAGCGAUUGACUAGAUUAGGAGUUGAUAUUCAUAGUGAUAAUAUUUGCGUCCUGUGCCACAAGGGGGUAGAAAAUGUUGAGCAUCUAUUUCUUCGAUGUGAGGUAACAUGGCAGGUGUGGUGUUACUGGUUGCGAUCCUUUAGUAGUGUUUGGGUUAUCCCUGGAACCAUGAAAGAUCUUUUUGGGAGUUGGAUUGGCAUGCACGGCAGAAGACAAGGACAGAAGCUGUGGAUGGUGGCGUUCUUUGCAGUGAUCUGGAACAUCUGGUUGGAACGUAAUGCCAGAAUUUUCAAGAAUGUACGGGCAAGUAUCGACUCCAUUCAAACAAAGACGGUGCUGAGUUACAAAGAGUGGUAUGACUGUGAUAUUUUCGGGAGUUGUUAG